UGUUUAAGAUUUGAAGUUUCCAUUGCAUUCGACUCUCCAAGUUUUCAACCAAAAUUGUAAGAUCACCUUUGAUCGUCUCAGAUUCGGAGCUCCCAGUGAAAGAUGGCGAGCGAGACCGAGCCGGCGAAGCUCCUUCUGCCCUACCUCCAGCGAGCGGACGAAUUGCAGAAGCACGAACCUCUUGUCGCAUAUUACUGUCGAUUAUAUGCUAUGGAACGUGGGCUAAGGAUUCCACAGGGCGAACGUACCAAGACCACAAAUGCCCUCCUUGUUUCCCUCAUGAAUCAGCUCGAAAAGGAUAAGAAGUCACUCAGCCUUGGGCCUGAUGAUAGUUUGCAUCUAGAGGGGUUUGCAUUGAGUGUCUUUGCAAAGGCAGACAAACAAGAUCAUGCUGGACGAGCGGAUUUGAACACUGCAAAAACAUUUUAUGCUGCAAGCAUUUUCUUCGAGAUUAUUUCCCAGUUUGGUCCACUUCAACCAGACCUGGAGCAAAAACGGAAAUACGCCGUCUGGAAAGCAGCAGAUAUCAGGAAGGCUUUGAAAGAGGGAAGGAAGCCACAGCCUGGUCCACCUUCUGGUGAUGAAGAUCUGUCUGUUCCUUCAAGUACACCUACCAGUGCAAAUGAUGCAAGACCAGGGGAGCCUCAAGUCUCGAGAACUCGAUCACAAUUGGAUUCCUUACCCCAGGUUUAUGAUAAGGUUAAUGAUGAUCAUUCAAAUGUCCCACAAAGUCCUCAGGUCUAUGACAACAUGAACAACCACACUUCUUUAAACACGUCUCCGCCUGCUCGAUUCCAUAAUGACGUUGACAAUCAGCACCCUUCAAAUAUUCCAUCAUACCCUGCAGCUGGUUAUCCAUCCCAUGAGUUUCAUCUACCUCCUCCGAGGAAUGAACCAGACAGUUCCUCUUACUCUCAGCCAUACCACCACAUCCAAUCCUACUCAGAGCAUCAACAGCCUUUGCCUCAUAAUUAUGUAUCUAAUGAAACCUCCCCAAAUUACUCAUAUUCCCAUUUCCAAUCUUAUCCAAGUUUCUCGGAAACUAGCCUCCCGACCGCCCCUUCUCACCAUCCGACCUAUUACCAAGGAUCCGAUGCUUCAUACUCUUCUCACGUGACUCCUCCUGCCAGCUACCCAUCAGCUUCCCAAUAUCAUUCAAACGGAAGAGAGGGGACGGCCUCAGAACCUCAACCUACAGCAGCUCCAGCCAAGUCAUACCAUUAUGACAGCAACUACCAGCCACCUCCUGAGAAAAUUGCUGAGGCACACAAGGCUGCGAGGUUUGCAGUAGGGGCUCUGGCAUUUGAUGAUGUUUCAGUUGCAGUAGAACACUUGAAAAAAUCACUGGAAUUGUUGACUAACCCUUCAGCCGGUCUGUGAUAUUCUGCUUUUCUGCUCGACCCACUAAUGUGUGGAUUUCUUCUGCUAUCAUACCAGGUUUGAUAUGUAAAUUUUAAUACAUUUGUGCCCGAGAAAAUAGAUUGAUCGUAAAUGUUAUUGAUAAAGUUUCAUUAUGUUUUUAUAAUUCCUUCCGAGGUAUCUGUUACUCCUAUAGUUGAAGCAAUAUUCAUUUAAGAAUGUCCAACUC